AUGAUUGGAUUAGGGAAGAACCAAAAGAAAGAAAAACAGAAAUGUUUCCUUUUUAAAAUAACUUUCAUACUUUCCGUUUUUCUUUGGAUAUAUCAGUAUGGAAAUUAUGGGUGUAAAAUUAAUAGAACUUUAGAUAGGCACACUAUAGAAAUAAUUAAAGAGAUAAGAAAAAAUCGGUUAUUAUCCAAACAUGAAUUGAGUAAUACAGAAUACGAGGAAAGUGAUAAUGAACAGCUCCAAAGUAAUACUAAAAAAGUUUUAUAUAAAGAAGAAGGAAAUAAAUUAGAAAAGGAGGAAGAAAGGAAGAACUCCACCACAAAAAGAGGGAGUAAAGAAAAUAAUGAAGGUAUAAAAAGAAAUGACUUAAAAAAGGUGAAUAAAUUAAAGAGUGAAGAAGCACAAAAAGUUAUCCCCCAAUCUGGAAAGGCAUUAAAGAAAGAAGAAUUAGAAAAAGAUGACGAAAAAAACGAGAACACAUCAAAGAAAAAAGAGGUAAAAAAGGGCGAAGAAAAAAACGAGAAUACAUCAAAGAAAAAAGAAGUCAAAGACAGUGAUGAAAAAAAUGUUUAUACAUCAAAGGAAGAAGUAAAAAAUGAUGGUGAAGAAUGUGAUAAUGCAUUGGAAGGUGAGAAUGAAAUCGUUAAUACAUCAAAGGAAGAAGGAAUUAAAAAUGAUGAUGAAGAAUGUGAUAAUGCAUUGGAAGGUGAAGGCGAAACCGUUCAGAUAAAUAAGGAUGAAUUAUUAGAACAUAUCAAAACAUUGGUAGAAAAAAAACGUCGAGAUCGCUUAAGCGCAUGUGAUGAAAAAUUUGACAGUUCAGAGGAUUACUUUAAAUUAGGUUGUGAAGAUGAAUCAAUAAAUGAAGAAAAAGUCGCCCGAACAUAUAGUAAAUUAAAAAAAUACACAGUAUCUGGUUGGAAAAAGUUUAAAAAAAUUUGGAAAAAGAUAGAUGUUAUAAGUAAAUUGACUAAUAUGUUAGACCUCUUUGUUGAGAAACAAAUGUUCAAGGUGAAUGCUAAGAUAGACGAAUAUAAAAAAAAUCCGAAUAUGAAUAAAAAGACUUUAUGGUUGAUGAGAAUUAGAUACAGAAUUUUAUUCUUUCUAAUUCCUCUUAUUAUUUUUUCAGUCGGAAUUUUCGUUUUUAACACGCAAUCGGGAUUUAUAUCUUUUCUUGGAGGUAUUCUUAUUAGUAUUGGUAUUUCAUGGGUUAUGCGAGCUAUCAAGAAAAUGGUAAAAUAUCAAUUUCAUAAACAAGGAAUAGAAAAGCCUGAUACUGCGGAUUAUAUAAUUCUCUUGGAGAAAUUUUUGAUGAAAUUUGAAUCAGAGGAAGAAGACCCGGGUGAAGAAAAUGCAGAUGGAGAGAAAGCAGGUGGAGAAAGUGUAGGUGGUGAGAGUGUAGGUGGAGAGAGUGUAUGUGGAGAGAAUGCAGAUGGAGAGAAUGCAGAUGGAGAGAAUGCAGAUGGAGAGAAUGCAGAUGAAGUUAAUGCAGAUGAAGUUAAUGCAGAUGGCGAGAAUGCAGAUGAAGUUAAUGCAGAUGGAGGGAAUGCAGAUGGAGAGAAUGCAGAUGAAGUUAAUGCAGAUGAAGUUAAUGCAGAUGGAGAAAAUGUAGAGGGGGAAUAA